AAGCGGGCGAUGGCGAGUGUCGUCGCCGCGGUGAUGCUGCUGGCCGCCGCCGGCGCCGCGGCGCUGAACUUCAAGACGGCCACCGCCCCUACUGCGCUCGCCGCGUACGACGGCUCGGGCGUUCGCUCGCCGUGCGGAAAUUAAUUAAUCGGGUGAUGCCAAAAAUUGAUUGAUCGAUCCGCACAGGUCACCUGGGACUGCGCUGUGCCUGACUCUCAAGUGGCCGCGAGCAACGGCCCUUCUUCGGGGACGAUCGAGUCGGCGGGCUUCACUCUGACGGGCAACGGCGAGACGCUCGACAGCGGCAAGGAGACUACGUUCAAGACCGAAGACGUCACCUUCGAAGUUCAAGGGCAACCGUACGCAUGGGCGAUCAAAAAUAGUCUCAUCGACUCGUACUUUGAUUGUGGCGGGCUUCAGGUGUCCGACGCCAGCUCGUCAGUCCUGAUGGGGUGCGACUUGGGGCAAGCGAUAACAGUGGGCAAUCCCGUGGUGAAUAAAGCCCCCAGCGCGACACCGGCCCUGGCGCGGCUCGUCUGUGGCGAAUACAUGGUCGCGGCCGCGGCCGCGGCAAGGAGGAGGGCUCGCAUCGUUGACCGGAGCGCGGGAGCCGUCGGCGACCACUACGCGCGACAGGGAGAGAGUAAUUAA